AUGGUGCCUUUACAUUAUUUUGGCUUUGGCUACACAGCACUGGUUGCUACUGGUGGAAUCACUGGCUGUGCGAAAGCAGGCAGUGAGGAAUCCCUGGGAGCUGGGCUCUUCUUUGGGAGUUUAGCAGGCCUGGGUGCUUAUCAGCUGUCUCAGGAUCCCAGGAACUUUUGGGUUUUCCUAGCUACUUCUUGGACCAUGGCAUCAUUGGGAGUAAAUUUCUACCAUUCUGGAAAGUUUAUGCCUGGGGGUUUAAUCACAGGGGCCAGUUUACUGAUGGUUGCCAAACUUGGAAUUAGUAUGUUGAAUAGACCCCAAUCGUAG